CGGCGGUAUUUUGAGUGAAGACUCGUGGAAAUUCAGGGUUGUCCGCGCGCCAACGUCUAUCAGUUUUGUACUUUUUCGGCUUUACUGUGGAAAGUACAAUGACUGAUCCAGGGCCUAAUAAGGACAACAUCAGAGCGGGGUGCAAGAAAUGUGGAUAUCCGGGCCACUUGACCUUUGAGUGCCGAAACUUUGUCAGAGUUGACCCCCAGAAAGACAUUGUUCUGGAUGUGAGCAGCACCAGCAGUGAGGAGAGUGAAGACGACAUAGCCACAGCUCAACGCAAUGAGAAGCUGGGGCGAAGUGGCCAGCAUCAGAGAGGUUCCUAUGAUGAUGACGAUAAUAGAAAAAAGAGGCACAAACAGAAAAAAGGCAGCAACAGAAUGUCAAGAAAGAGAUCUGCUUCAUCGUCGAGUGAUGAGAUCACAAAGAAGAAAAAGAAACACAGCCAGUCCUACUCUUCAUCUGACGAAGAGGAGAGGAAAAAGAAGAAGAAAAAGAAACUGAAAAGCCACAAGAAGAAAAGUAAAAAGAACAAAAGGGACCACGGGAAGAACCAUAAGAAGAAACAGAAGAAGAGGAAACAUGAAUCGUCUUCCUCCUCUUCCUCUUCCAGCUCCAGUGAAUCCUCAGACAGUGACUGACACAGCUGAAUGAUGCAGUGUCUGGAGGAACAACAUAUUUAUUCUGCAGUCCACCUAAAGUGUGUUUUGCAGACAUUGUCAUCUUGUCCCAUACAAGUUAUUACAUCACUGAGGAUUUCAAUGUUUCAGUGGUUCAAAAAAAAGAAACAGAUAAUAGAGUUUAACGCCAUCAUGACAGUGAAAAAAAAAAAUCUGGUUCUGGUUCUCUGAAGAGUUUUGGAGAACAUGCACAAAGCCUGGGAACAUGUUCUGAUAUAUUGUUUCUCACUGUUUAUUUUGUGCAGAGGAGUUUUAUGUGACACAUGGUGCAGUCUCUUGUCAUACGUGUUACUGGACAGGUCAGGGACAAAAACCUGAAUAUUUUUUAGCAAAAUUUGUUCCUUGUUAAUGUUUCCAGUGCUGUCCUUUUGUUUUUGUUUUCAUUUCUUAUACACACUUUGUUGCUCAAUGCUUCUCAUUAAGGUUGCACCCCAAAAAUUUGACAAUGCCAAACAUGAAUGUUAAACAUGAUUUGACUCCUUAAACGUUGACCAGAAAUAAUGGCUAAGAGUCACAAUGACUAAUGGCUGAUGAAUGAACAAGUAUUUACAAUCAGCCUGUUUGUCUGUUCUGAGCAGUCUGCAGCAGUUGAGCUAUUUGGUAAGAUCAGUAGACAAAAAAGAGUUAUAGUAUACAGUUUAGUAUAUAAUAGUGUAAAUGUUCAUACGGUAUCACAAUGAAACUCCUGGAGGUUCCUGGGAAGACAGUGCGGUUACAAGUAAUAUGGUUAUUGUCAAAGAAUGAAUUUGAUUGUUUAAGCACACAGACCUCAUUGAAAACCGUAUGAACAUUUUAAGAGCUUCUCUCAAAAUGUGUGUUAACUGUCAUUAACUGAGUCUCUUCAUACAGCUUUGUUUAUUACCUCUGCACAUUUUAUCUUUGCUUCAGUCUGUCUUUUUUGGUCCUGCAAGAAGUUCUUUGAUUGCAAUAAAAUAUAUAUAUUUGUAUCAAA